GUGGGAGGAGUCAUGGGCGUGCUCGUCGAAAUUUUAAUCAAAAAAUGGCCUUCGAUUCCCAAGAGUCCCAGACUAGCAGUGUUGGCGAUUAUUAUGAGAGCGAGGAGGAGGAGGAGGAUGAUUACAAGUAUUUCGAGGAAGAAGAUUUGAUGGAAGAUAGUGAAACCUUUAGUAAAGAGAACAGUGAUCCUGAAUGGUACGAGCAUUCCUGUAUGCCGUCGCAGGAGGUGUGGUCUAUUAUAAAAAAGGAGGUGUGUCAGUUGAGUCAGGACCUACAGGUUACUGAUCCUAUUGCAAGACUAUUAUUGUAUUCAACUAAAUGGGACAAAUCCCUAGCUGUGUCAAAGUUUAAUGGCGAUAAAAAUCAAUUUUUCAUUGAUGCUCACAUUCAUCCAAGCAAACCUAAACGACAACCACUUGAACCAUGUACUGAGUGUCCAAUAUGUUUUAGUAGUGAUGAUGCCAAUUACCAGUUAUACUGUGGUCAUUCCUUUUGCUGUGACUGUUGGAUUAGUUACAUCAUCUCUAAACUGGAGAGAGGAGUAUCACUAGGCAUUGAGUGCAUGGAUUGUGAUGUGUUAAUGGGAUUUGAAGUGAUUGAUACUCUACUAGUGAAGAGAUCAAGCGUUAUCAGACGAUAUUACCAACUGGCACUAUCACAAAUUGUAGAGUCUCAUCCAUUGUUACGCUGGUGUCCUGGCAGAGAUUGUGAUAUGGUGUUUGCCGUCAAGGAACCACUACCUAAGAGAAUCCAAUGCACUCACUGCAAUCUAGCUACAUGCUUCCAGUGUGGAGAAGAAUACCAUUCACCAACAGAUUGCGAAUCGUUUAAGAAUUGGUUGUUGAAAUGUAGAGAUGAUUCAGAAACUGCUCACUACAUCACUUCUAACACAAAAGACUGUCCAAAGUGUUCUUCUGCCAUUGAAAAGAAUGGAGGAUGUAAUCACAUACGUUGUACCAAGUGUUCCUUUGAUUUCUGUUGGAUGUGCUUAAGUGCCUGGGCAAAACACAAUAAUGAAUACUAUGCUUGCAGUCGCUAUCAAGCUGAUCCAGACGUCAUGAAGGCAAAGGUGACCAAAGCUCGAGAGGCUUUGAAGAAGUAUAUAUUCUAUUUUGAAAGAUGGGACAAUCAUCACAAAAGUCUAUUACUGGAGGAAGAGACUCGUUUUAAAAUCCAAACAAGAAUAAAGGAGCAAGUCUCCAAUGGAGAAGGAACCUGGAUUGAUUGGCAAUACCUCCUUGAUGCUGCAGAUCUGCUUAGAAAAUGUAGGUAUACACUGAAGUAUACAUAUCCCAGGGCUUACUGGAUGAUUGGAGACAAGAAGCAUCUGUUUGAGUACCAGCAGGCACAGCUUGAGUUAGAGAUAGAGAAUCUGUCAUGGAAAGUGGAGAGAGCAACCAUCACUGAUAGAGCUGAUUUAGAGCGGCAGAUGGCAGUGACUGAGAUAAGACGCGUGACGUUACUUAGAGAUUUUAAACAUUAUUGAAUUUACAAUCAUGAAAAACAAGCUGACAGUUAAGCUGCUGGAGGAUUAUGUAAAAUACAUGUACACUGACUCUUAUCAUCAAUGCCACGACAUAAUAUGAAGGCCAACUUUUGUUAUUUAUUAUUAAUUAAUCAUGAUUAUAGCAAUGAAAUCAAUUGUUCAUAGUUGGUGUUUUUUUAUCAUUAAAAUUAGUACAAUUUGCAAAACAAUCGUCAUGAUGAUUAUAUCACAA